GAAGAGAUACCAGGGUGUAAGAAACCAAGUGGAACUAUUAAUAAAAUAGACAAAUGAGAGGAGAAAUCCAACAAGAGUAAUUAAAGCUUUCAUCUUGAGUCUUGGCAUCUUCACUUGAGCUAGUUAGUUAGUUGGGUUGGCAUCUUCAAUUUUUCUUUUCCUUUCUCUGUUCUUCUCCAACUCCUCACAGACACAAGUAUUAACUCACUCAUUAUUAACUAUUAGAUGCUUUUGCUUUCUUCCAGAGAGACAAGUCUCCCUCCCAAGAAUCUAUUCUAAGUUUCUUGGCCAAUGUAAAUUGCUAGCAGUUAGAAAUCUGGUGAUACUAAUUAAGUAAUGAUGGACAUGAAUGGAUUCCUUUCUUGCUGAUCAUGUAGAUAUUUGAUGAUAUAAUUGGGUGCUGCGAUUGUAUUUGAAAACCGAUAUGUAUAAGAACCAGCUGCAGGAGCUUGCACAGAGAAGCUGUUUCAACCUGCCUUCAUAUUCUUGCAUCAUAGAAGGACCAAAUCAUGCACCAAGAUUCAAAGCUUCUGUUAACUUCAACGGUGAGAUCUUCGACAGCCCAAACUACUGCACCACACUGAGACAAGCAGAGCAUUCUGCUGCUGAAGUAGCCGUCAAUGUUCUUUCCACUAGAGGCCCUUCAAGGUCUUUAACUGCAAGAGUUCUUGAUGAAACUGGAAUAUACAAAAACCUGCUUCAAGAAACUGCUCGCAGAGCUGGGCUGAAGCUGCCUGUAUACACUAUUGUGAGAUCAGGGCCAGGGCAUGUCCCAACUUUCACUUGUAGUGUAGAGCUUGCUGGCAUGAAUUUUAAUGGGGAGGCAGCAAAGACCAAGAAGCAAGCUGAAAAGAAUGCAGCAAUUGCUGCCUGGUCUGCUUUGAAAAGAAUCUCACUGGUGACAAACAAAGAAGGAGAGAGUAGUGGUGAUCAAGAACAGCAGGAGCAAGCAGUUGUGACAAGGCUGCUCUCAAAUUUUAGACUCUCAAACAAAGAAGACCAUAGCAGACAGUUGAGGAGGAGACCAGAUCAUCAAACUCAAGCAAGGAGAAGAACUGUGAGGGGUGCUCAUAAUCAUAGUCAUAGUUAUAGGGACAACAAUGCCUCCACCUCCACAAACUCUCUAGUACAGAACCUACAGCAUUGGAGGCUCAUAGAUGAUCUGUUAACGGAUUUGGUUCCUCGAGUUUCAAGUAAUUCACAGAAACAAAGCAGCUUUGCGUCUCUUCUCCCUCCACCGCCACCGCGAAAGGAGUCCAAGAUUUUGCCACCAAUAGUUACACUCAACAAAUCAAACAAUUCCUCCUACUACAAUUCCAGUUAUAAUAGGCCUAUUCCUGUCCAAAUGAGGGGUAGUGGUAGAUCACAGGUUGUUCCACCUCCAUUGGAAGACCACCAAAAGGAUGAGGAAGAAUGGCUUGGUACAAAGUCAGAUAGCUUGAUCAGUAAGAUGCCCAAUACUGAAAAGGAAGGUCAUAGUCGUAGCCCUAGUAAUUAUUUUUCAAAUCCAAGGAGUCCUGUAUUUGGUUCCAGUGUUGCACACAUCAGGCAAUUUCCAAUGUCCCCAAAUCCAGUUACGGCACCAACUACUAGUGCAAGUGCAAGUUCAAGUUCAAGUUCCCUCCUGGGCAGAAGAAGCAUGUACACUCAAGGGUUCAAUCCUUACAGUCAUAGGGUUGCCCCAGCAGUUCAUAUCAGAUCGGUGAUUCCUGUUUGUGCAGCACCAUCUGUAGCAGUGAGGCCCUUAGUAGUAACUCCAUCAAACCCACCACCAUUACCAAUAUUACCAAGAAUGAAAGAAACUUGUAGUACCAGUCCCAGUCCUGGUACUAGUGCUAGUACUAGUUCACAACCAGCAGCAGUAGCAGUCCUGAAAUUAAGAGAGUGAUUCUACAUGAACCUCGACGCAACCACCAUCAUUUCCAGCAGCACAAAGUUAAGUUUUCACUUGCCUAUUAAGUAAUCAGUACGUACGUAGCAAACUCAAGUGAAUGCAACUGAUCGAGCUGGCGGAGUUGUGAUGAGCGAGUUGAACAAUUAGUAGAUAAUUUACAGUUUGUCUUUGUUGUCAUGCAUCUCCAAUAAUCGAUGAUAUCAUGGUGGAAUUUUGUAAAAGCUCUUGUAUGAUGUAUAAUUUUCACCUAGCUAAGCUGCUUCUCUUACUCUGGUACUGAAUUAAUUACUGUGAAGACGGAGAUCGAGAGGAUGAGGGAAUCUGAGAGUCAGAGAGAGAGGCAUUAAUGAGAUGUGGAAGAGAGUAGGUUGCAGAAGAUAAGAGAGAAAUUAAAGAGAGUGAGUCAGAGGGCAGAUGGAAGCAAUGAAUGAAUUGAAGGCAGGCAGUCUGAAUUCUGAAAGAGGAAUAAGAGAAAGGGCCAUCAGACAAUUGUAGCGAUUAACGCAAGCAAUUAAUUUUUACCUUCAGAAAACCAUUUAAUGCUUCUGCCUUCCCCAUUUAAUGCUCCCCCGGCCACAGUCCCUACUCCCCAGUACUAGUCCCACUCUCCUCCCUCUUCUUCUCCUCUUGAGACUCUUGCCUACCCUAUUCAUGCCCUUUUGCUUCUUCUUCUUCCAUUCAUCCCAUGCAUUCCUUUUAAUGAACAAUACCCAUCAGUUUCUUCCAAAAAAAAAAAAAAAAACAAUACCCAUCAGUCCAUCACACACUCACUCUCUUUCUCU